CAGUUCAUUAGGUACCACCGGCUGUGUUCUUCAAUACAUCACAACCAAAACAUUUGAAGAACGUCAAUUCUCAGCUUUGUAAAGAUUUCAAACCACUUAGAGUCACAACAGAUGAUCUCUGAUCAUUCUUUGUAUCUCUGAAGUAAACUUAUCAUCGCUUGUAAUAUUUUGAACGGAAUCAUUUUACAAAGUAUUGAAUUCAAGUCAAGAUUCAAGGCAAUGACAAACCAUAUUGACGGAAGAUUAUCAAUCAACUCACAACAGCAAACUCAAUACAAAUAAAAAGAGAUAUUCUUCUGAGACGUUCUUUGUAUGAGGUGGACAUGCUGUUUGAAAUUUUUAUUCUAAUAUUAUCAACCACAAUCCUUGUUCUUUACUUAACGAAACCCUCAAGACCACCCGGAUUCCCUCCUGGUCCAGCAACGCUCCCUCUUAUUGGCAACCUACAUUACCUGGGAACUAAACUACACCUGCAUUUGAACACACUAAGAUCAAUAUACGGACCUGUAUACAGUAUCUUCUUAGGUCAUACCCCGAUCGUUGUGAUCAGCAGUAUUACGGAGGCACGGGAGGCAAUUCUCCGACAACGGGAUACUUUCUCCGGAAGACCAUACCCCGGUGAUUUGCCUUAUGGUUGCCAAUUGGUUGGCGAUCAAGGGAGAAAUAUUGGCUUCGGAGAUGUUACACCAGAAUGGAGACAGCAAAGAAAGAUUGCUGAGUCAGCUCUCAAAUCUUUCUUCGGUAAAACAAUGGAGGAUCACGUGACUACAGAGGUUGAGAAACUUGUCAAGAGAUUGCGAUCACGCGUGGGAAAAUCGUUGGAGAUUGGGCCCGAGAUUGAUUUAGCAAUACUGAACGUAAUAUGUUGCUUACUGUUUGGAGUCCAUUACGAACCAGAAGACGACGAGUUUCAACGUAUAGUAUAUUUUAAUACCUGCUUCACUGAGGGUCUAAAGCCCGGUCAACUGGUGGAUGUUUUCCCGUGGUUAGCAAAUUUCCCGUUGACCAGUCUCCGGAAAUUGAGACACGCAGUUGCUAUAAGAGAUGAGAUCUUAGACACGAAAUAUGUCGAGCAUAAAGCGACAUUUGACGAGAAUAAUAUACGCGAUUUGACGGAUGCAAUUCUAAAAGCGGAGCGUGAGCUUUUGGAUUCAGAAAACGACUUGAAAACCUCGCUGACUGAAAAUCAUUUAAAAGCCAUAUUAGCUGACUGUUUCAUUGCCGGGUUUAAGACUACUGCGACGAAUCUCCGAUGGGUUUUUGUAUACCUUCUCAAUAACCCUGAGGUUCAGAACCGUAUACACAAGGAAAUUUCUACCUUCUCCAAACCACCGGGUUUAAAAGAUCGACAAGCAGUUCCAUAUCUUCAAGCUACUCUGAACGAGGUAUUGAGGUGUGCCAGCCCAGUUCCAAUUCCUAUUCCACAUCGGGUCACUUGUGACACGACACUGUGUGGUUACAAUAUCCCUAAAGAUACCACAGUGUUCCUAAAUCUUUGGGGAAUGAACCACGAUCCUGAUUGGUGGAGUGAACCGUUUGAAUUUAAACCAGAACGGUUUUUUAACGCUGAAGGGGAAUAUGAUCCACCAUCAGCUAGUCGAUGUAGCUAUAUUCCAUUCUCGGCCGGAAGAAGAGUCUGUCUGGGGGAAGGUCUAUCUAAUGCCAUACAAUACCUAUUUGUCAGCAGUCUACUGCACGAGUUCACAUUUGAAGUUCCCGUGGGAUCUGAGCCACCAGACACUGAAGAACUUACAACAGCGGUGUUGGAACCAAAACCAUUUCAGGUCGUCCUCAAAGAAAAAUAAAACCUCCGGUUCUCGGGGCUCGAAAGACUCUCCGUUGGAUGGAAGAGACUGCUAUAUCCAUAAUCUAAAUUUAUCUUUUUUCAAUAAAUGCAUCCUUACGAUAAGUCUUUUAUACUCAGGCUCCCUGCUUCGCGGAAUGACGUAUUUAUCGCAAGGAUGUCAUGCAGUAGCUUAUAGAUUUAUUGAUUUUAAGCAUUUAAAAAUGUAGUGGGAAGUCCACAUCUACAUCACUGAACUGUUAAGUCUGUAAAAUCCUUUCGAA